AUGGGGGCGCUCCACAAGUCUCUGAAGAGGGGUGUGGCCGUCCACCAGACGCAGGUCAAGGAGGUCAACAUCAUCCGAAAGCCCACCCUCCGCAAGUGCAGGGAACUCGCCGCCAAGGCCAUCCCGGACCUUUUGACCCUCCUGGAGAACGAGCCCACCCAGAAGACCCUGUGGAGGUUUUACGAGUACUUUGCGGCGCUGCUCGCCUGCGUGUACGGCCACAGAGGGGGGGUUCUCCAAAACAUAACUAUGCAGGAGGUUCUGGGGGCCCGCAAAUCGACCUCGGAGAAGGCGUACCUGAUAAACGUCGCCAACCACAAGACGAACAUGGCUUUCGGGUCGGCCCAGAUCGUUUUGACGGAGGAGGAGUUCAGUUGGGUCAAUCGACUCUUCCGAGUCAAAGAUCAGCUGCCCGGCGGACCCUCCGCCAAGUUCCUGUUUUUCACUUCGACCCCAAACCCAUGCAAAAAUCUCAAUUCCUACUUCCAAGAGGCCUGGAAGUCCAUGGGCCUUCCCGGGUGCCCCACCUUCACUGACGUCCGCACGUCCAUCGCCAGCCACAUAAAAUUCACCCACACCAACGACGACCGGGUCAAGCUGUCCAAGUUCAUGUGCAACGACACCAGGACGGCGGACAAAUUUCACGUUGCCAACUUGACCCCCCAGCAGGCCAUGGAGCACCGAAGGCUCUUCGACACUGCCCUGGAGGGCGAAGAGAGGGGCUCCCCGUCAAAGCAGCCGACUUCAAUCAAACACAAGUGGCCCGCGAAGGGGAAGGAGCCCCUCAAGAAGAAGAGGAGCGCUCCAGAGUCCUCGGACAAGGAGAUGACUUCGGGCAGCACGACUCCAGAGGCGACCAAGAGCCCGGAGUACCAGGAGUCUGGGACGUCCAGCCCCGAGUCCAGUGGGCACGAGGAGCAGCAGGAUGAGGAGGAGGAGAAGGCCGAGUCAGGCGCAGAGGCGGUGGGAUCCCAAGACGAGGAGGAGGAGACGACCACCCCAAAAAAGUACCCGCGGCGGAGAGGGAAAGCUACGGUGCUCCUGACUCCCCUGAAAUGUUUGGCGUCGACUCAGAGGCACGUGUCCCCGCUGAAAGUCAAGAAGGCCAUCUUUUCCCCCACCUCCACGACCCUCGUCGGCCUGACACGCCAAAAGGAGGUCUCCAAGAAGGUCAAGGAGGCCAUUAAGAAGCGCAGGCAGCGCAAAUAGACGUUGAAACUGAGUUGACGUUUUUUAGACGUCGAGUUCGUGUUCAUGGUCGCGUUUUUUCCGAGUGUUCGUGAGUGUUUGUUCCGCGAGAGAUUUUUAUUCUUCUAAUUUUAAACUGUUCAAGUGUUCAAGUGAGUUAA